AUGACGCCCGUCUACCAUAAUGAGCGCAUUCCAAUAAGAGAAGGGCAGGGCAACCUUAUGGCGAACUUCUCAAAGGCCACCCCCCGGCGAGGACGAUUGAAUGGGGCUGGGUGGGAAGCCCGGGCCUGCAAGUCAUGGGCCUUAUGGAUCAUCGGGGAGCAAAGUGAACAAGUGUGUGGGUGGAAACAUUUUCUUCGUGCCAUGGGCAUUGACGGAUGUGCAGCAUUUUCCCUCGGUAGCUUGUUCAAGCUUGUUUUACCUCCAGCUCUACCGCCAUUCCCUACGUCCAAGACAAAGAAGCUAUCUACCCAACGCGGGUUCGAGCAAGGAGGCCCGUUUGAAUUUGAUGAAUCAAACCACAACCCUGGUCUCGACUUUCCUCAUCUGGAGGGAACAUUACGUCUGUCUUACACGGGAGAGGAGGAAGGGAGGGCGGGGGGUCGGUCGCCCGCACAGCACCAGAAGGUUAAUUCGCGAUACGACUCAAAGCUAGGCGUGCUAGGGCUAGUACAUCGCAGUAGGGAAGGAAAAAAAGACAAGAAGUUGAGCGUGGAUCCCGCCGAGGACCAUCACAGCUACGUCACUGGCUCCGCCAUUGCUAUUCGCCAGACCAGGCCGGAGUGGGCCCUCCGGCACCUCGGGCCUCCCCACACCUUGACACACCACCAACCAAGCACCGUCCCUUCCUCACCCGCCCGCCUGUCAUCCCGUCACAAGGACGUCCAGCGCACAGCGAACCUUCUCCAGCCCACGGCGCCGACUUUCCUCUCUGCCGCCAUGUUCCUUGUUCCUGGGGCUAGCUUGACAACGCGGACAGACCGUUCUCUGCGACUAGGGGAAGGGCGCCCGUCCGAGUUGCAUUGGGCUUCCAAUAUGAUACGGCAUGCCGGUCCAGAAAUUCAUGCCCCGAGCUUUUCUCCAUCAUACGAGGACACGCCGUUGGGCGAGUCAGGUUUCAGCGAAUCAUUCUUUCACCGAGUUCACCGGGCUCACCACAAACAGCGAAAGAGCUUGACAUUGUACCGCUUCGGGUGUCUUGGCGGUGUACCCAUGACCCAAAAUAAACGAUCUUCAGGGACGUUUGCACGCCCUACGCAAGCCCAGAACAAUCCCAGCAUUCAGUCGACGAUCUGGGAAUUGCGCUCUACCGUCAACACCAAGAACCACGGCUCGGCCGACUCGCCGCGCGGCAACCAUUCGAGAAACAAUGAGGGAACCCGCUUCCUGUGGGGACCCGGAUCUGCGUUUGAGCCUGGGCUCUGGGGCGCGUUCUUUACAAAACCUGCACGGCAGCUUCUUAACGAAUGUUUCGACGAGAAUUAUGAGCUGCCUGGGUCGAAUGCUCUAUACACUCUGGACCUGCGUCAACCUGCGUCUAUCAUGACCCACGACGACAAGCUUACUGAUCUCGGCAUGCAAAGUUUCUUCAAUUGGCGCAUCGCCCACCUAGAUUUGAGGGAUGGGCGAACGCUCGUAAACUUUGCACUGCAUUUCCAACACCCCGUGGCGUUGACGGGGCCCAAGAAAUGGUGCGAGCCUCAAGCGCGUAAAUGGCGGUGUGUCUAA